AGUUGACUUGCGUCAGAAUUUCGAUAUUAAUUCAAACAUUUCUCUAUUUCCAGGUCGGCACAAACAACGAGUCCUCAGAAAUGGAAAAUAUGUCGAGCACACACAGUGACAGUAGCAACAAUCGUGAGAGUUCCGACGCUCAGCUCAGUUUGCAGGAGACUCGUGAUAAACUAGCCAACAUAAACAAUUUGAUUGCCACAGUCGAGCGGAACUUGAAUGACAUUGGCUUGGGGCGAUCGAGCGGAGACUCAUCGACGCCCAGAGUUGUCAGCCGGCAAGUAAUUCCCAAUCGCGCUGAUUUCAUUGUGAUUGGUCGUUUUCCUAUAAGCGAUUCGGUCAUCGAUCUCUGUACUCCUGAAGCCCCGCGUCGUGUUGAGGGUUUCAUAAAUCUUGAGGAUUCUUAUGAGCCGCCGGUGCGCGUCAAUCGACGAGGCGCUCGUCGGCCAAUUGUGCAAGGGAAUGACGCAGAGCCGAUUGACUUGACCGAAUCACCCCCGAAACGGUCAUGUAACACGGCAAGGGAUAAUGCAAACACAUCGGUUUCGGAAGAUUUAUACGAAUGUCCGGUUUGCUUUGAGUCAUGGCGGCAGCGGGAGCCGUGCACAACCCGCUGCGGCCACGUAUUUUGUAAAGAGUGUAUUGAGGGAGCUGUGCGUUCGACACGAAAAUGUCCAUUGUGUAGAAAAGAAAUAGGGAUACGUCAAUUAACACGUGUAUAUUUAUAA